AAAGUCGUAUCUUGCGCCUAUCCUAGCACGCUUUUGCAGCCGAAAAAAAAAAAACAAAUGGGCGCAGAGAGUCGAGACUAGUUGAAAGCUCAAACCCUCAUUUCCACGCCUCUCCUCCCUUUCCACACUAAACUCCACACAGGUUCCCACUCCCCAUGUCUUCUGGAGGAGGCGGAGGCGGAGAUCAUCAUGGCUAUGGCCUCUACCACCAGCACGGCCAUGGUCACCUCGCCCGCGCCGAUGGCGCCGAGUACGUGUUCAACAGCAACGACAUGGAGAGCUUCUUCUUCAAUCAGCCGGCGGCGGCGAGCGCCGGUGGAGGUAGCAUAACCGGCGCCGAUGAGCUCAUACCGCCGUAUACCAGCAUCACGGACUACCUGCAGGGGUUCCUGGACCCCGCCGGGCUAGCUCGGCACCUCGACGUGCCGUGCUCGGCGGAGGAUGCGCCGGUCAAGAACGAGCUGUCUGUCGAUGUGAGUCACGACAGUCAGGGCACAAGUGGCGCUGCCGGAGAAGGGGCGGCCCUGUUCACACCGAACUCGUCGGUGUCUCUCUCGUCCAGCGACCGGGAGAGGGAGGGCCAGCCUCGCCGGUGCAAGAAGGGCAGGGCGAAGGCUGAGGAGGAGAUGACAGCGGAGGCGGAUGAGAAAGUUCAGGAAGAUGGGGAGAGUUCCCAGAAAACGAACAAACCCAAGAAGAAAGCCGAGAAGAGGCAGAAGCAGCCCCGAGUCGCCUUCCUCACCAAGAGCGAGGUCGAUCACCUCGAGGACGGCUACCGGUGGCGAAAAUACGGCCAGAAGGCAGUCAAGAACAGCCCUUAUCCAAGGAGCUACUACCGGUGCACGACGCCGAAGUGCGGCGUGAAGAAGCGCGUGGAGAGGUCGUACCAGGACCCGUCGACGGUGAUCACGACGUACGAGGGGCAGCACACGCACCACAGCCCCACCAGCCUCCGCACCGGCGGCGCGCAUCUCUUCAUGCCCAGCGCGCACGCGCUGCAGCAGCACCUCAUGCCGUCCGGCUCCUUCCGCCCGGACCUGAUGAGCAUGAUGCACCCCAUCCCAAUGGGCGCAAGCCCUAGCAUGUACCUGCCAAGUAUGCCUCCUCCUCCUCCAAUGGCACCAACACCUCCCGCUCCUCCUCUUCAGCAGCACCACUUCACUGACUACGCCCUCUUGCAAGACUUUUUCCCUUCCACGAUGCCCACCAACCCAUGACUAACUGCUACACACAAUUAGCUAGACUAGAUCGACAUGAUCGAUGCUUUUGAAAUACUUGAUCGAAUUGCGCCAAUUGUGAUCACCUGACCCGGUACUUGAGCUUGGUCUUCCAUGGUGAAGGUAUUGGUAUUAUUAAGAGUAAUCAAUCUGCUGCAAGCUUUCAUCUUAAACUGGUGCUUGCAUUUCUUCCUUUUCCAUUUGUCAACUUCACCCGCGGAUUGGAGUACUUUAUGACUUUAACUUGAACGGCAACAUAAUUUAUGUACACACCUCUAGACUUCUUGUACAUGUACUAGAGUAUAUCAUGUGACCUCAUUGACUCACUUGUGAGAAAGAGGAGUAUUUCAUUUUCCCUAGUUCCCGUGUGAAAUUAAAGAAGAUGACAUCUCCACCUGUGCUUGUUCCUAUAGCAUGCUUACAAACAAGCUGGUGCUUCCGUGGAUGACUGGUUCAGCUUCUUUUGUCCAUGUGUAUAAAACUGGAACUGAGACGACGGUAUAUGGGGAAAAAAGAAAAAAUUUUGAUU